UAUUCCUAUUGAGAGAUGCCGUUUAGUUAAAUAUAAUUAUAAGAAUAAAGUAAUGCAACAGUCCUUUGAUGAGUUUCAACAUCAAACUAUUGGACAGAUUGUAGGUAGGGCUGGAGAUUAUUGCUUAUUCUUAGAAACUCGUAAAGAAAAUGAAACCUUUAAGAAAUAUGUAGGUAUUAAUCUAAAGGUAUCAGUGGUUGAUCUGUCAACUGGUGAAGUAGGACCAGCUAAACUAGUGACAGGAGAAAGAAGUUGGACUGUUGAAGAAUUAAAACAACAUAUAGGAGAAUUAUUUAAUAUCAAAUCAUCAUGUAUGAGAAUAGUAAUGGAGGAGGAAAAAUAUUACUUUGGUUACAAUACUUCAGUCCGUGAUAUUAGUGAUGUAGGAGGCACUCUAAGAGAGAUACUCAUCAUUAGUCGCAGAUACAAACAAUUGUAUGUAUCAUCAGAUCCUAAAGAUUAUCAAAAAGAAUUCAAAGAUAGUUUGAUAUACAAAUUUGUUGAUUUUCACGUCAGCUCAAUAUUACUGAACAUUACACUACCUCUGGCUCCUGGACCUGAAGCCACACCCACUACAACUAACGUUACUAAAAGAGGAAUAAUAAUGAAAAUUAUAUCAAUGAAUGAAGAAAAUAAUGGAAAAGAAAGAAAGAUACAGGUACAAGUUGAUAAGAGAAUAACAUUAGCUCAAUUGAAGGAGGAGCUAGUUCUACUGAUUGGGGUACCACCUACUGGUUUUAUAGUGUAUAGAAUCAGUGGUAAUAAAGAAUAUGAAAUGAAGGGACUGGAUAAGACAUUACAGUAUAUUAGAUCUGGAUCAGAGUUGAUAGUAAGACUGGGUAGAGCAGUAUUACAAAAAGGAGAGGAAAGAAUUAAAUUAUAUUUAUUACAAGUUAAUAAUACAGAGUUUUGUAAGUAUAUGAUGGAGUCUAUUGUUGCUAACGGUACACCAGUGAGAGAAUUUAAGAAACAAUUAUUGAAGAAGCAAAAGUACAAGGAAUUGACUGUGUCCUUGAAUUAGACAAAAUGAGAUUACGUGACAAGAGGGGAGUGUACCCUGCUAGAAUAUAUCUUGAUCAUGAGUUGCUUGAUGCUUAUAGGAAGGGAAUGUAUGUGG